AUGCAAUCAGGAUAUGACAUUAAUCAUCUGGCCCGAGAAGCUCAAACUCGGUGGCUAAAGCCAGUUGAAGUGUAUUUCAUACUACAGAAUUUUGAGGAGCACCAGCUUACACACCAAAUUCCUCAAAAACCUGCUAGUGGAUCUCUUUUUCUGUUUAACAAGCGUGUGCUAAAAUUUUUUCGUAAGGAUGGUCAUAGUUGGCGUAGGAGAAAGGACCAGAGAACUAUAGCUGAAGCUCAUGAACGGCUUAAGGUAGGGAAUGUUGAAGCCAUAAACUGUUAUUACGCCCAUGGAGAGAAUAACUCUAACUUUCAAAGACGCAGCUACUGGAUGUUGGAUCCGGCACACGAGCAUAUUGUUCUUGUUCACUACAGAGAUAUUAGUAAGGGGAGGGAGAAUAAUAGAUCAACACCUCAAUUCUCUACAUUUUCAUCUCCUACCUUCAGUCUCAGUCCUAACUCUUUUGCAACUGACCAGCCAGAAUCUUCUGUUGGUAUCGGCGAAUCUCGUGAACUGUAUCACAAUGAAUCAAGUCCAAGCUCUGUAGAAAUUACAUCUGGUCAACACAUCAUGAACAGUAGCAUAAACCCAUCCAAUAAUAAAGAUAGAAGUGAUGAGGUCAGUUGCACAUCACUUCCAGAUUUAAGUCAGGCGUUAAGAAGACUCGAGCAGCAAUUGAGUUUAAAUGAUGACGAGACGAAAAAUUAUGAUACAUUCUUCAUCGAGAAUGAGGAGUCAAAUGAUCUAGAAGACGUGCUGCGGGAUUAUGAAUUCCCUGGCCAGUCACCAAUUCCAAAUGGUUCACAAGAUGAUGGAGACAUUUGGGAAGAGAUGCUACAUAGCUCGAAGGAUUUUCCAAAUGAUAAUUUGCAACAACAAUUUGGAAGAGCGGAUGCUCCUUCCAUAUUUAUCCAAGAAACAGAUUCACUGGAAUAUCCUGCGUAUACUCCUGGCCCGCAUGCUUACGAAAACACUUCAGACUCACACCCAUUGCUAUUCAAACAAGACGGGUUGGAAAUUCCUCUUGAAAACAAUAUAAGUUUGACCAUUUCCCAAAAGCAGAAGUUCACUAUUCGUGAGAUAUCUCCAGAAUGGUGUUAUACCUCUGAGGGUGCUAAGAUCUUCAUUAUAGGAUCUUUCCUAUGCGACCCAUCUGAGUCUUCAUGGGCCUGCAUGGUUGGGGACACUGAAGUUCCGGCACAAGUGAUUCAAGAAGGAGUCCUCUGCUGCCAUGCGCCACCUCACCUGCGCGGAAAAGUCAACAUCUGUAUUACAUGUGGGAAUCGGGAAUCGUGCAGUGAAGUGAGGGAGUUUGAAUAUCGCCCUAAACCUAAUCUUACUUCUCAACCACCUGAAACAGAUGCUACUAAAACCUCUGAAGAGCUCUUGUUGUUAGUCCGACUCGUGCAGCUGCUACUAUCCAGUAAUACCCUUUUUCAAACACAAGAUGCCUCGGAAUCAAGAAUCAAUUCGAUUGGGAAAUCGAGAAAUUCGGAGGACUCGUGGAGCCAUAUAAUUGAUUCUCUCUUAGUUGGCAGCCCUUCGACAUGGAGAACUCUUGAUUGGCUCCUGCAGGAACUUGUGAAGGACAAGCUGGAAACCUGGCUAUUGUCCAAGCUACAAAAGAGUGGCAAUAAAGGAUGCUCAUUGUCAAAGAAAGAACAAGGUAUAAUACACUUGGUUGCUGGGUUGGGAUUUGAAUGGGCUCUGCAGCCGAUACUGAAUGCUGGGGUGAGCAUUAAUUUUCGCGACAUUAAUGGAUGGACUGCUUUGCAUUGGGCUGCGCGGUUCGGGAGGGAGAAAAUGGUUGCAGCUCUCAUUGCAUCUGGAGCAUCCGCGGGAGCCGUGACAGAUCCCAACUCGCAAGACCCCACCGGAAAAACUCCGGCGUCGAUUGCCGCCACCUACUGCCACAGGGGACUUGCCGGAUACCUCUCGGAAGUCGCGCUCACCAGCCACCUCUCAUCUCUAACCCUAGCCGAGAGUGAGCUCUCCAAAGGAUCGGCCGCCAUUGAAGCAGAGAGAGCAGUAGUCGACAGUCUAUCAAAGUCUGCAGCGAAUGAAGAGGAGCACGACUCCCUAAGGCACACCCUUGCCGCGGUCCGCAAUGCUGCUCAAGCGGCCGCCCGCAUACAGUCAGCUUUCCGGGCCCACUCGUUCCGUAAGAGGCAGCAGAGGGAGGCUGCUGCAGCUGCCACAGACGAUUUCUCCUCCAUCAUAGCCAACGGGCUUUCGGCUGCAUCCAAGCUGGCAUUCCACAAUUCAAACUCGGCUGCUUUGUCCAUUCAGAAGAAGUACAGAGGGUGGAAGGGACGCAAAGACUUCAUUGCUUUGCGUCAGAAAGUCGUCAAGAUACAGGCUCAUGUAAGGGGAUACCAAGUAAGGAAGAAUUACAAGGUGUGUUGGGCGGUGGGUAUACUGGAGAAGGUUAUACUGAGGUGGCGUAGGCAUGGAGUUGGCUUACGUGGUUUUCGGCUAGACUCAGAGCCGAUUGACGACGAUGAUGAGGAGGACAUACUGAAAGUAUUCCGGAAGCAGAAAGUGGAUGAUGCCAUUGACGAGGCUGUUUCCAGAGUGUUGUCUAUGGUCGAGUCUCCUACUGCCCGCCAGCAGUAUCAUCGACUUCUUCUAAAAUAUCGGCAAGCUAAGGCAGAGCUGGAGACAUCAGACCCUGAUACGGCACCAUCAUCAUCAUCAUCAUCAUCAUCAUCAUCAUCUUCUCAACGUGACAUUACUUCUUCUUACCUAAUGGGGAACGCUGAGAUUUAUUAG